AUGACUGACGCUAAGCAAAUUAAGAACAACCACACAUUAAAGAUUCAGUUACGUUCCAAGGAUGCCACUGUUCCAACGAAGGGGUCUGCUGCUGCCGCAGGUUAUGACAUUUAUGCCUCUCAACCAUGUGUGAUUCCAGCCAUGGGUCAAGGAUUAGUCUCCACAGAUAUAUCUUUCACUGUUCCUGUAGGUACAUAUGGUAGAAUAGCACCACGUUCUGGUCUAGCAGUGAAGCAUGGUAUUCAAGCUGGUGCAGGUGUUAUCGAUAGGGAUUACACUGGAGAAAUCAGAAUCGUUCUUUUCAAUCAUUCUAAGAAAGAUUUCGAAGUAUGCAAAGGUGACCGUGUCGCACAAUUGAUUUUGGAAAAGAUUGUGGAUGAUGCAGAGGUUGUGGUUGUUGAUUCCUUAGAACAAAGUGAAAGAGGUGAAGGUGGCUUCGGUAGUACUGGUAAAUAA